UCAUCCUGUUUCAGCGGAAUUCAGUUGUCGUGUGCUUACGGAGAUAUCGAGCACCGAGAUGAUGUACCAGUUAAGCAUGCCUCGAUUUCGCACCCCUUGCAGGAGCGCCGCGCGCAUCCAUCUCGCAUGGCAGCAGGACUCGCAGGAAUAGUCAGUGUGUGGCCGUCGUACGGGACCCGUCCCAUGUGUGUGAUGGUGUUCUGAUAGCAUGGGGCAGCUAUGAGCAGUGCCCCGGUCGUAUGGUGCUGGACCGCGCUGUUCUUCUCGCUGGUAUGGAGCGGAGGACUGGACCUGCAAGGGCCUUUGUUCUUGCACGAACCGCCCCACAGGGUGGAAUUCAGCAAUUCCGCGGGGGCCAAAGUGGACUGCACUGCACACGGGAGCCCGUCUCCGGAGGUGGAGUGGGUGCUUGCUGACGGUUCUCCGGUGCAUCAGGUUCCAGAACUGAGGCUGCUAUUCCCUAACGGCUCUUUGGUUUUUCCGCCGUUUCCAAACGAAAGAUACAGGCAUGAUGUACAUGCCACGCUCUACAGGUGCAAGCUAAAAAGUGCUUUAGGAACGGUGAUUAGUAGGGAAGUGCACGUCAAAGCAGUUGUCAAGCAGAAAUACGACGUCCAAGUGCACGACGAAUACGUAAUAGCCGGAAACACGGCGGUGCUAAAAUGCAAGAUUCCGAAUUAUGUGACCGAGUACGUCAUGGUUACGUCCUGGGUCCAGGACGAAACUGUAAACAUUUAUCCCAACACGGACAUAGGGGGAAAAUAUGUCGUCCUUAGCAACGGAGACCUCUACGUGGCGAACGUCGGACCAGGAGACGGCUACAAGAAUUAUGGCUGUCGGACUGUCAACCGUUUAACAGGUGAAGUCCAGACGAGCAUGUACCCCGGCAGGAUAAUAGUGACCGAGCCUAAGGGCAACGUCCAGCCGCGCAUCAGCGUCGACAAGUACAACGCCAGACGCGUCGUCUUGGGGGAGGACGUCACGCUGCCGUGCGUCGCGCAAGGACAUCCGGUUCCUGGAUACUACUGGAAACGGGAAUUGCAAGGACAAAGCGUACCUGUUGCACUCGGCGAGCGUCUGACCAUUUUAUCGGCCGGAUUACUCCGGAUAUCCAAAGUGCGUCUGGAGGACCGCGGGGUGUACGUUUGCUUCGCGAACAACUCGGCUGGAGAGGAGAGCGUUAGGGUGACCCUGGAGAUAACGGCGCCGCUGUCGGCACACGUUCAACCCCAAGUCCAGGUGGUGGACGUGGGGAAGGAAGCGAGCUUCCAGUGCAUCGUCAACGGAUACCCGGUGUCCCAAGUCACCUGGUUGCACAACGGAAAACCCGUGGCCCCCGACCACCGCGUCGAGCUCAUGGCCGAGCCCCCCCGCCUCACCAUCCGCCAGCUGGCCAAAGAAGACCGCGGCAUGUACCAGUGCAUGGUCAGCAACAACUGGGACCAAGCCCAGGCCAUCGCCGAGCUGGACAUGGGCGACGCCGGUCCCGAGCUCCUCUACUGGUUCUCGGAGCAGACCCUCCAGCCGGGCCCCAUGGUGUCCCUAAAAUGCGUCGCCACCGGCAACCCCCCACCCCAGUUCACCUGGACUCUGGACGGUUUUCCCCUUCCAGACCAUCCGCGCUUCCUGGUUGGCCAGUACGUCACCAUCCAGGACGACGUCAUCAGUCACGUGAACGUCACCAACAUCAAAGCCGAGGAUGGUGGGGAGUACACGUGCACGGCUCACAACAGCGUCGGCAAGAUUUCGCAUAGCGCGAGGGUGAACGUCUACGGGUUACCUUACAUCCGCGAGAUGCCCAAGAUCACCGGCGUGGCCGGCAGCAGCCUCAUCGUCAAGUGCCCCGUGGCCGGCUACCCCAUCGAGACCAUCACCUGGGAGCGCGACGGGCAGCUGCUGCCCGUCAACCGUCGCCAGAGGGUGUACGCCAACGGCACCCUCGUCGUCGAGCAGACCCAGCGCAACGAGGACGCCGGAACGUACACGUGCCAGGCCCAAAACAGGCAGAGGAACUCGGACAGGAGGAACGUCGAGGUGCAAGUUAUAGUGCCGCCGAAGAUCCUGCCCAUAAACCCGAUGACCGGGGUGCUGCGCGAGGGCAUGAGGGCCGCCAUCACCUGCCAGAUAAUGGAGGGCGACCUGCCGAUAACGUUCCGGUGGGAGCGGAACGGCAGGGCCGUCUCCAAUAACCUCGCCCUCGGGACGGUCAUCCGGCGGAUCGACGAGUUCUCCUCGUCGCUGAUCAUCGAGCAGGUGACGUCGGCGCACACCGGGAACUACACGUGCAUCGCGAGCAACGUCGCGGGAGACGAGAAGCACAUCGUCCCGCUGACCGUGAACGUGCCACCGCGGUGGACGGUCGAGCCGGCGGACUCCAGCGUGGCGGCGGGGAGGGAGGCGACGCUGCACUGCCAGGCGGACGGGUACCCGAAGCCGGCGGUCACGUGGAAGAAGGCCGUAGGCGAGCAACCCGGCGAAUACAAAGACUUCCUCUUCGAACCCAACGUGCAGCAAUUCCAGAACGGUUCGUUAAACUUCCUUCACAUAUCAAAAGAAAACGAGGGCCAGUACCUGUGCGAAGCGAAAAACAACAUCGGCGCUGGAGUCAGCAAGGUCAUUUACCUGAAAGUCAACGCUCCCGCCCACUUCCCGCAGAAGUCCAAGCAAAUCCAGGUCGUCAAGGGCGAGCAGGCCCACCUUCAAUGCUCGUCCCUUGGCGACACCCCGAUGGAGAUCCAGUGGAAGACGGGGGGACAGCACAUAUCGAAGGAGGGCGACCAGCGAUACUCCGUCAGAGGGCAGCACCUGGCCGAGGGGAUGGUGUCCGAGCUGAGCAUCGAGAGGACGAUACGUCAGGACACGGGGAUCUUCACCUGCACGGCGACCAACGCCUACGGCAGCGACGAGAUGAAUAUUCAGCUGAUCGUCCAGGAGAUACCGGAACCGCCGAGGAACGUCAGGGUAAUGGACCAGCUAUCUAGAUCGAUAGGGAUAUCGUGGACGCAACCCUACGCCGGAAACAGCCCGAUCACUAACUACAUUGUCCAGUACAAGCCAGGAUCAGACGCGUGGCCCAACCAGCCGGCCAAAGUAACCGUUCCCGGUUCUCAAGUUACCACCACCCUGCAAAACCUCCGCCCGUCUCAAGUAUAUCAUCUGCGGAUUUUGGCGGAAAACCGUCUGGGCUUAAGCGACCCGAGCCAAAUCGUCCAAGUGAGCACCCUGGAAGAAGUGCCGAGCGGCGCUCCUAUUGAUAUAAGAGCCGAGGCGAAAAGCUCAACUGAAUUGGUGGUCACCUGGGAACCCCCGAGUCGGGAAACUUGGAAUGGUAAUCUCUUAGGCUAUCACGUCGGUUACCAAGAAGUAUCAUCCGAAGAGACAAACAACGUCGCUCAAUCCUCUUACACGUUCAAAAGCGUGGAAGUUCGACCGCAUUUUGGGGGCGAAGCGGUCCUGCAGGGACUCUCCAAGUACACCACAUACGGAAUAAUCGUGCAGGCUUACAACAGCCGCGGGUCAGGCCCAGCGAGCGAUCCCGUCACCGCCCGAACUCUCGAAGACGCUCCAACUUUGCCCCCUCAGAACGUACAAUGUUCGGUCCUAAGUGCUCAAAGUUUACACAUAUCAUGGGAGCCACCCUUGCCGGAGGGUCGCAACGGAAUCAUCCAAGGCUACAAAGUUACUUACCACUCGGCCGGAGAGUGGUUAGACAACGACGACCAGCAGACUAAAAUAAUCAGCCAGCUGCGCACAACAAUCUCGGGAUUAAGAAAAUACACCAAUUACAGCAUGACAGUCCUGGCUUUCACGUCCAGCGGGGACGGGGUGAGGUCCGAGCCCACGUACUGCCAAACCGAAGAGGACGUGCCAUCUGCACCGGCGGAAAUUAAGGCCGUCCUAAGCGCCCCCGAUAAAAUACUAGUAUCGUGGUUACCGCCCAAAUUCAGUAAUGGGCCAUUAGUCGGAUACACUUUCUACAUGAGCCAAAUGGAGGACGGCAGGGAAGAAGGGACGCACAAGAGGGUGUUGAGUCCUUCCACCGAAAUGCAUGAGGUCGAGAGGGUGAAGGAAUCGUCCACUUUGGAGUUCUGGGUCACGGCUUCGACGAGGAUCGGCGAGGGCGAAAGCACAAGGGUUAUCUCGAUGAGUCCAUCAAAGACCGUUCCGGCGCGUAUCGCUUCCUUCGGCCGAGAAGUGAUAAGUGCCUGGAAACAAAAUGUUUAUCUACACUGUAAAAGAGUGGGUUUUCCCUUGCCGAACGCAAUCUGGCGGCUGAACGAGCUACCGCUCGAAGUGGGAGGUCGAAGGACAAUUUUUCCCAACGCCACUCUCGUCAUCAAGGACAUCCAGAGCGUGGACCAAGCCAACUACUCCUGCAGCGUCGAGAAUCAAUACGGAAGAGACGAAAUCGGAUACAGUUUGAAAGUUCUAGUGCCUCCGGAAGCGCCAGUGUUGAGUGUCGUCGACGCUUUCACGGAUAGUUUACACUUGAGGUGGAGCGACCAAGGAAACGGGGGGUCCCCGAUCCUGGGCUACGUCAUCAACUACAAGAGGGACCACGGUGACUGGGAGGAGCUGCAGAUCUCGGCGAGGACGGACGAACACAUGCUGAGGAACCUGUGGUGCGGAACGCGGUAUCUCCUGUACAUAACGGCUUUCAACAGGAUAGGGACAGGGCUCCCGUGCGAUAUCGUCACGGCGCACACCAAAGGAACCGUCCCCGUCAAGCCUAAGCAGUCGCAAAUGCUCACCAUGAACGCGACGGUGGUCACCAUCUGGUUGGACUCUUGGGGCGACGGCGGUUGCGGCAUCCUCUACUUCGUGAUCGAAUUUCGUCCCGGAAGACACUCCUCGUGGAUAAUGUCGUCCAACCACGUUAAACCCACCGAGCGAAUAUACAGCAUAAGCGACCUAUGGCCUGCCACUGAAUACCAAUUAAAAAUCACUGCUCACAACAACGCGGGGGACACCGAAGCUCUAUACAACUUCACAACUUUGACACUGAUGGGUGCCGUUCCAGAACUCUCGCCCCCUGUGUCGCAUUCCGGGGAUCAUCCUUUUUAUACCAACGCCCGCGUCCUAGUUCCCAUAAUCUUAUCAGUUUUAGUGUUAGUGGCUCUGAUUGCGACUCUCUUCUGGAGGAAAAAUUUUGCAGAGAUUCGGAGUGAGAGGGAGGGCCAGAAUAGGUCGAUGGGUGAAUCGCCUUCGAUGGCUCAGAUACAGAACAAGCAGAAUCGAGAUCAGCAGUACCUCGCGGUGCGAGCGGGACGAGGACCGCAACCUUUGACCAUUGAUUCGGAUACUUAUAAGGCCGAAUCUGCAGACUACAUCGAGGACAUAUGUCCUUAUGCCACGUUCCAGCUGUCCAAACCUGCUUACAGUGAAAGCUCGUACAGCGGGAACGUGUACAGUGGGCCGUACCAUUCGGUACGGGGUUCUUUUGUUUAUCAUGAUGUUAAACCACCACCUAUUGAUAAGUUUAAGUUAGGACAUAACAAAGAACCAGAAUAUACCAAAGUUCGGAGAAAAGGGGGGAGACUGAGGGAUCCACACUCGGAGAGUCAAGAGUCUGAUAACCUGGGCAGCACUGACUCAGAAGUGAAGAAGAUACUAACUCUGCACCUGCCUAUUUCAGAGUACGACACUCUCGGCUCGGACUCGGAAGGCGACGGUCGCGCCACCAGCCAAGAACUCAUGUCGUUUAGUCAUAGAAUGCGUGGGGGCGCCGAGGGCUCGACAUCGUCGUCGGAGACGUCGCCGCCGUCGGGGAGCAUCGGCCGCAAGCCCUACCCCUCGAGGAAGGGCAAGGGCAAGGGCGGCGGCCUGAACAAGCGCCACGUGAGGAGCAGUAGCGGGUACUCGAGCCACAACGACGAGACGACGUUUAGCAUUUCGCACGCUCCGAGCUUCAACGAACGGAUACAUCCACCGAGCAGGUUUUCCGAUCUGAACCCCAGGGAGCUGAGCGAGGGCGACUUCGAGAAGGGCCACAAGGGGCGGGGCAUGUCCAAGCUGUCGCGAGAGGCGUUCCAAAUCAACGUUUAAGGGGCGGGGCGAGGGCGGGGCUCAGACAAUCGCGGGAUUCGAAUGCGGGGCGGAGGAAAGCGGCGCAGAAGGUGUAGUCCCUUGUUCUUAACACCACCGUCAGAAUCUUGAUUCCUUAUCGGGUUAGCUGUUUGAUCCGAUAAGGAAUCAAGAUGGCGCCCCGCCGCCAUUAUUCUAAGAGACUUUUUUUAUUUUUGUAUCGGAGGAGCGAACUAGUGUUGGCUGGUGCCUUCAGAGGGAGACAAUUCCCUAACUUCCGCGUGGGUGUGCCAAAUACGAAUUGAUAAUAAAGUGUAUAGAGCAGUGUAUGUUAUAGAUUUUAUAGAUUGUUAUAUAAUGUUAAUGAGAAGGAUCAGUGGUUUCCACACUCUAGUCUAUUUGUGUUGACACGAUCACAACAUUACUCAUUGUAUAAAUAAAAGACGACGCAAAAUUUACCCUCUUUCCGCUGAAUUCAAAGAACUGUCAUUUUUGGAUAUACCUUUUUAUUGUAAGAAUGUCAGAUGUAACAAACUAAUAAUAAAAUGUUGUGUUAA